UAAUUUCUGGUAGAUAAAGAUGCAUAGAUUCCAACAAAUCCAGAGAGAGAGAGAGCUUAGCUUAUUCCUGAACUUCUACACCUUCAAUCAUGCCCGUCUUUAAAACCCCCUUCAAUGGCUACUCUGUCAAGUUCAGCCCCUUUUACGAGUCCCGUAUCGCCGUCGCCACUGCCCAAAAUUUUGGAAUCCUCGGCAAUGGUCGCCUUCACGUCCUCGAUCUCAAUCCCGCCGGCCCCAUCUCCGAGCACAUCGCCUUUGACACCGCCGACGGAGUCUACGACGUCUCUUGGUCCGAAUCUCACGACUCCCUUCUUGUCGCCGCCGUUGCCGAUGGCUCUGUCAAGCUCUAUGACCUCGCUCUUCCUCCCACAUCUAAUCCCAUUCGAUCCUUCCACGAACAUACUCGUGAGGUUCACUCUGCUGACUACAACCCUGUUCGUCGCGACUCCUUUUUGACUUCCUCUUGGGACGAUACCAGCAAGCUCUGGACCCUUGACCGUCCCACCAGCGUCCGAACCUUCAAAGAGCAUGCCUAUUGCGUCUAUUCUUCGGUAUGGAACCCUCGCCACGGCGAUGUGUUCGCUUCAGCCUCUGGCGAUUGCACCGUACGCAUCUGGGAUGUGCGUGAACCAGCCUCCACCAUGAUAAUUCCAGCUCAUGAUUUCGAAGUCCUAUCUUGCGAUUGGAAUAAGUACGACGAUUGUUGUAUUGCUACGGCUUCGGUCGAUAAAUCGAUUAGGGUAUGGGAUGUGAGGAGCUACAGGACCCCGGUUUCAGUUUUGAAUGGGCAUGGAUAUGCAGUUAGGAAAGUGAAAUUCUCCCCGCAUCGGCAGGGUUUGCUAGCGUCCUGCUCGUACGAUAUGACUGUGUGUUUGUGGGAUUACAUGAUGGAGGAUGCUCUUGUUGGGAGAUAUGAUCAUCACACUGAAUUCGCCGUCGGAAUUGAUAUGAGCGUGCUUGUCGAGGGGCUGCUUGCUAGCACUGGAUGGGACGAACAUGUUUUUGUAUGGCAGCAUGGGACUGAUCCAAGAGCCCCCUGAGAAAGGAAAGAUUUUGCUACUUCUGAAGAAUUUAUGAAUUUUAUCAUGUUACAGUCCAUAGAUUUUAAGUGAAUAAGUCAUUUUAGUGUUACAAAAAAUGAAAAUGCACUACUUGUUGGCAGAAUGUAUGUUCGUUCAAGAUUGAACCGAAUGUAUUAUUAUAGUCAUUUUCUUUGUUCAAGAUUGAAUAUAAGCUUCUUUUUCUCUGGAACUUCUAUUCCUUGGGCCUAGUCUUUUACGCCAUCUCUGACAUUGUGAAGGGAUUAGUAUGUGACGAAAGGAAUGGUUCCUGGCAUGCAGGAUACUGGGAAGAGCUCUGCAGAAAUUUGUUGGGAACCUCAAUCUUGUUACACAGCAGUCAGCAGAAAGGAUAGAGAGAAACUGUGCAACCCAACAGGCUUGCCAUUGCAUGUCUCAUGCUGGCUCAUGAACGCCCUUGCUUCACUCACAGUUCCAUCAGUUGUUAACUGGAAGAGCACUAAGCCAUCUAGUCAGUGAGCCAUUAGUCAUUACCCCUUGCGCUUUUCCCUGCCUCUCAUCUUGUCUGUCUCGAUUCUCUGUGGCCUAUAGUUCUAAUUCUAGUCGAACUUGAAAAACUUGUUCCAAGGGUGUACUGAGAUCUGAUUAAAUCAUCAAUCUUUUGAUUCAAUACAUUCUUCUUUUCCUA